AUGGAGCCCGGACAAGCCAGAGACCGCCGCUCCUCCAAGUCUGGAUCCUACGCGUUCGCGGGGGCAACAUGGACGACAACCUCGCGUCUGUCGCGGAUCUGCAGCCCCAGCCAGUCCGUCUGGCUGUCCUCCCUCGCUUACCCCGAGUCUUUCCAUCACAGCUUCAGGGGGCGGCCCCGCCGCUUCUCGCAGCCCACGCUCCCACAGCUGCCCGAGCCGCAACUGCUGCGCCUGCGCCCCACCUCCCUGCGCACCCAGGACAUCUCGCACCUGCUCACCGGCGUCUUCCGCAACCUGUACACGGCCGAGGUGUUCGGCGACGAAGGGAGCACAAAUUUGAUCAAGGCCCGCGGCAGCGAGGAUGAGGUCCACGAGGAGUUCGUGGAUGAGCUGCAGCAGAUUCGGAAGUCCUAUAAGCAGCGGUUGGAUGAGUUUGAAAUGUUGGAGAGACACGUCAUUCAGGCCUGUGCACGGGCCAUUUCGGAGAGGGAGCGGGCCAUGUACCAGGCUAAAGUCCAGGAGCUUGAGCCCAUCAUCAAGAUGCCUCCAGUGAAGACCAUCUUCAGAUGGUGUGUGGACAACAAGUUGCUGCAGAAGUACCACAUGAUCUGCCCGAACGAUUACUACAGCGACCCAGUGCCCUUUUCCUCGGCGCCUAAAGGCAACCGCGAGCCUGGAUAUUUGAAACUGACCUUCAGUUGUGAGAAGCGUUCCACCCCGAAGAAGGAGUGGACCAAGAAGCCCGAAGCUCGGUGCAGGAGGAUUCGCCGGAAGACUGAGGACGAGUCCGACUACACCAUGGACAGCCUGACGUGGGAAUCCUCUUUAAAGGCCAAAGGCGGGACCACAGAAACGGCCAAGAAAGCAAGCCCACCGCAGAAUAAGAGCUGGAUGAACCACCUGCGCAUGCCCCAGAGGAAACUGGAGCGGCAGCUCCUCGCCAAAAUGGAGAGCCGGACCUGCUUCCUGAGAAACCCUCGCUUCUUCCCUCCUAACACGCCGCGUGGAGGCAAGUCCCUCAUCUUUCCUCCCAGGAAGCCGGAGGGAGGCUUCCAGAGUGGAGAGCUGAGCCCUGCCGAUGUGCCGGUGUUCAUCGCCCACCCACCAGUCGUAUUUUUCACAGAUUAUGAAAUUGGAUCCGUUUAUGAGAUGGCCAUCUCCCUGCAGAACACCACCUCGACCAGCCGCUACCUGCGAGUCAUCCCGCCCGCGACCCCGUACUUCUCUCUGGGAUUGGGAAUGUUCCCAGGAGACGGUGGGAUGGUGGCUCCUGGAAUGAUCUGCCAGUACAUUGUCCAGUUUUUCCCCGACUGCCUGGGGGACUUCGAUGAUUUUAUUCUGGUUGAGACCCAGUCAGCCCACCCACUCCUGGUCCCCCUGCAGGCCCGGAGGCCGCCCCCAGUGCUGACGCUGUCGCCCGUGCUGGACUGCGGUUACUGCCUCAUCGGGGAGAUGAAGGUGAGCACGUUCCUCUGCAAAAACGUGGGCUUCAGCGCCGCCAAGUUCUGUGUGAUCCCCAAGAAGACCUGGCCGCCCACGAGUUUCAGGGCUAUCACAACCUCUGGCUUCGUUGAGCAACCUCCCUUUGGGAUCAUGCCUUCGGUGUUCGAGCUGGCUCCGGGGCAGGAGAUACUCAUGGAGGUCUGGUUUCUCCCAACGAGCUUUGGAAAGUCAGAGCAGACCUUCGUGAUCACGUGCGACAACUGCCAGAUAAGGGAGCUGGUGACGUCAGGAAUGGGGCAGCUGGUUGCUUUGGAGCUGGUCUAUAUUUCUGGUGAGAAAAGUCAGCCGGAGCCUGGAGAGCUCACGGACCUAACAGCCCAGCACUUCAUACGCUUUGAGCCUGAAAACCUUCAGUCCACAGCGAGGAAACAGCUGCUUAUUAGAAAUGCUACGCACGUGGAGCUGGCCUUCCACUGGCAGGUCAUGAUGCCCAACCUGCAGGCCCUGAUGCCCGGGGAGCCCUACAGCCCGGACCGCAUCAAGUGCCACCCCGACAGGGAGACGGCCUUCGCCAUGACCCCCGAGCGGGGCAUCCUCACCCCCUACGCAGACCACGAGUUCAUCCUGAGCUUUUCCCCUCACCAGCUGAAGGAUUUUCACAGCGUUUUCCAGAUGGUGAUAGAGGAGGUCCCAGAGCUCGAGGGCUCGGACCUGGAAACCCCCUCCUACACCGCGAGCGACGUGAUCGUCCUGGAGAUCGAGGUGAAAGGCUCGGUGCAGCCUUUCCAGAUCCUCCUGGAGCCGUACGCCCUCAUCAUCCCCGGGGAGAACUACAUCGGCCUGAACGUGAAGAAGGACUUCAAGAUGUGGAACAACAGCAAGUCCCGCAUCCGGUACAUGUGGGGGAAGAUCUGCGACUGCCACAUCAUCGAAGUGGAGCCCUGCGCGGGGAGCAUCGCGUCCAGCGAGGUCGAGGACUUUGAGCUGAAGUUCACCGGGGGCGUCCCGGGCCCCACCAGCCAGGACCUGCUGUGCGAAAUCAAAGACUCCCCGUGGCCAGUGGUGCUACACAUCGAAGCCACGUUUAAGGGGCCGGCCCUCGUCAUCAGCGUCUCAGCCCUGCAGUUCGGGCUGCUGCGCCUGGGGCAGAAGGCCACCAAGUGCAUCCGCAUCCAGAACACCAGCCCGCUGCCGGCCACGUGGCACAUGCAGGAGAGCGCCGUCUGCCUGGAGGAGCGGCGGGAGGAGGUGUCUCCGUUCGACAUUGAGCCCUCCGGCGGCCAGGUGCACCCUCUGGGGGAGUGCAGGGUGAGCAUCACCUUGGAGGCUCGUCAGGCCCAGUGUCUGCAGACCGUCCUGGUGCUGGAGGUGGUGAACGGGCCCUGGAGCUACCUCCCCGUGUACGCCGAGGUGCAGGAGCCUCACGUGUACCUGCAGAGCAGCCAGGUGGUGGUCAGCAGCCUCUACCUGGGCGUGCCCACGAAGGCAGACAUCACACUCAUCAAUGGCACGCUCCUGCCCACCCGCUUCCACUGGGGCAGACUCCUGGGGCACCAGGCAAGCUUCUGCAAAGCAAAAGUCUCCCCGAGACGUGGCACCCUGGGCCCCGGCGAGGAGCUCCAGCUCAGCCUGGAGCUGACCGCUCAUACCCAGGACGAGCUGACCGACCUGGCCCUCCCUUGUACCGUGUCCGGCAUGAAGGAGCCGCUGGUUCUGGGCAUUUCUGGGAAACCCCAGGGACUGCACGUGAGCAUCACCAUCCCUACGGAGGGCGCCAAGAGCAGUGUCCCCGGCACAGAGCCAGGCCACAAGGAGGAGCUCCGCCUGGACUUCGGCGCGACAGUGCCACUGAGGACCUGCGUGAACCGCCAGCUCAUCCUGACCAACUGCUCCCCGAUCCAGACCUCUUUCACCCUCAAGUUCAAGUACUUCGAGAGCCCUCAGAAACGCCUGAGCCAAAAGCCCAGCGUCCCCGACGUGUCUCCUGCCCUGCUGAAGACGGACCGGAUUCGCCAGCAGUUGGCCAAGCGGGAGCAGCUGGAGUUCAUGGAAAACAUGUUGUCUCACGGGAAAGGAGCAUCCUUCUUCCCCCACGUUUCCCAGGGCACGCUGGACGCCCACCAGCAGCUCCGCAUCGACAUCACAGCCUGUGCGAACAUGUGGGGCGAGUACUGGGACAGCCUCAUCUGCAAGGUGGGAGACCUGCCGCCCUCAGUCAUCCCGGUGCACAUGGUGGUGGUGGGCUGCCCCAUCAGCUCUCUGAGGACCAACUACACCGCUGACCCGCUGCAGAAGGAGCCUGUCCUCAGGUUCAGCACGCAGGUCUCUGGAGGAGAGACAGUCACCCGUGUCCUUCGCCUGAAUAACUCCAGCCCCUGUGACAUCCGCCUGGACUGGGAGACCUACGCUCCGGAGGUGAAGGAGGACCAGCUGCUGGAGCUGCUGGUGUUUUACGGGCCCCCUUUCCCGCUGCGGGACCAAGACGGAAACGAAGUCCUGUGCCCCGAGACCCCGGAGAGCAGCAGCUCCUCCCAGUCCCCAAGCGUCUCUAACGGGUCGUCGGAGUCGUCCUCCAGCUCGGAAGCGGCCCAUUCUGCCGAGAGCAGCGCCAGCGCCAGCGCCAGCGACAGGGCCGCGCCCAUCAUCUCGGUGGUCCUGCAGGAGCACGAGGGGGUGCCCUCGGACCACCUGUACCGCAUCAGCCCCAAGCAGAUGGUGGUCCCUGCAGGGGGCAGCAGCGCCAUCUCCAUCUCCUUCACCCCCAUGGUCCUCGGCCCCCACGUCCUGCACAAGGUGGAGUGUGUUGGCUACGCCCUGGGCUUCAUGAGCUUGGACAGCAAGGUGGAAAGGGAGCUUCCAGGGAGGCGGCGGCGCCUGCAGGACUUUGCCGUGGGCCCCCUGAGGCUGGACCUGCAGGGCUUCGUGAGGCCCGCACAGCUAAGCGUGGAGCGGGACUACGGCGGCGGCAUGCAAUUCCGGCUCCAGGCCAGUGACCUCAUCCCCGAGCAGCCCUGUGCAGGGGUGCUGAGUGAGCUGGUGACCACCCAUCACCUGAAGCUGACCAACACCACAGACAUCCCGCACUACUUCCGGCUCCUGGUCUCCAGGCCCUUCUCCGUGUCUCAGGAUGGAGCUAGCCGCGCCCGCAGAGCUCCUGGCGCUGGCUGGGAGCAGGAGUGUGAGGAGGGGUCGGCCGCAGCCGGCAGGCAGCUGGUGCUCCACCCGCAGGAGAACAUGCUGGUGGACGUGUCCUUCUCGCUCUCCCUGGAGCUGCUCUCCUAUCAGAAGCUCCCGGCUGACCAGAUGCUGCCCGGAGUGGACAUUCGGCAGAGCGGGAGUGGAGAGAAAGAGAUGGUGUUUACCCAGAAUCUGCUCCUGGAGUACGCCAACCAGACCACUCAGGUGGUGCCCCUGCAGGCCACCGUGGCUGUGCCCGAGCUGCAGCUCUCCACCAGCUGGGUGGAUUUCGGGACCUGCUUUGUGAACCAGGAGCGAGUCCGGGAGAUCUACCUGAUGAACCUGAGUGGCUGCCGGAGCUACUGGGCCGUGCUGAUGGGCCAGAAGGAGCUGGACCAGGAGCCUGCGGCAUUCAGGGUCUUCCCGAGCAGUGGGCUGCUGGAGGCACGCUCUGUCAACGCGCCUCCCACCUCCAUCGUCCUGCAGGUUCUCUUCACCGCCAGGAGCAGUGAGCUGUAUGAGUCCACGCUGGUGGUGGAAGGUAUGCUCGGCGAGAAGGCCUGCACCCUGAGGCUCCGGGGCCGAGGCUCUUACGACGAGAGAUUUGUGCCACCCUACCAGCUCUGAGGCUCUGCCCUCAGAACCACCGCACCCCCCAGCCAACUCUGGAAAUAAACAUGGCCCAGAGCCAAGGACAGGUGUGCUGUGCAGGGCACACGCUCGAGGACCCCUGAGCAGCGCCUGGACGGCGCGUGCUGGUCUCAGCUCAGGUCCUGCAUGGCCGUCCUCUGAGGCCGCCGCACCGUGCAGACUGUGGUG